AUGUCGCUGCAGGCGCCUGCCCGAGUGGCUGCAGCGACGUGCGACAGUGCCGACGCUGCCCAGAGCCAGCAGAUCCAAGAGAUCGCUUCUGAGGUUCUGCGGCUUCGUCUCGUCCAGUCGCAGUACAAGCAACUUGAGGGCCAGCUACGGGCGUCAUCGGAAAAACUCAGAGAGCUGCUCCCAGAGAAGGCGCCCCACUUCUCUCAGUAUUUGGAGCAAGGCCUGCGUCCGGGCGGCACAGUUGGCACGCUUGGAGGUUUUCAUGGUGGCGCAGAACCUGAAAGCCUGCUUGGCAUAAUGGAGUGUCUGUGCGUCGUUUGUAACUCACAAGUUGCUUCACGUCGCGAAGACCUCGUGUCAGCUUGCAAGUGGAUUCUUCAGGACCCUGUGGAGCUGGCCGAGAAACUGACCGCACUUCCCGCAGCACCUGGUGCACUGUCCAGGAGGUUAGCUCCAUACCUACUGACGUGCGACAGCAGCUGGAGAGGAACCUUGAACGAGGCUGGACAAUGUUACGAGGCAUUCCGAUCGUGGCUGUCCUGCUACUACCAGUUCUCUCUGGUGUCUGGGCAGAUGGAGGCCAGUGCGGUUCAGCUGCAGCGCCAGGAGCAGCUUCUGAAAGAGCUGAACAAGGAAACGUCUGCAGGCACGGAAGCUCCUCGAAGCGCGAUGACAAAAUCAGCGCCGUGGCGCCACUCCGGAUUGAAGCGCUCGUCCUCUGUGCAAUCGACUUCCAGUACUGGAAGUCGGCGGUCACCAUCUCCAUCUGCCGACGCAGUGACACGAAGCGGCGACGUUGGUGGUCGGAAGAGUGCAGGCGGUGCCAUUUCGAUGACGCGUGUCUCUCGCGAGGCUUCCCAGAAGAGCCCGCUGGGACGCAGUGAGAAGGCGUUGAAAUCGGCCGGCGCCUCUGUGGGAGUACGCAUCCAAGCGGCUUUCCGUAACCAAUCUCUCACCAAGUGCAUGCUGAAGCGAGUUGAGUUCACCUCCAGGACCCUUGGCAACACGCAGACCGUUUUUGCUGCCUACCUGCCGGACACCACGGAGUUCAAGAAGCUACCAGUGGUUUACUGGCUGUCAGGCCUGACGUGCACUGAUGAGAACUUCUCACAAAAAGCAGGCGCUUUCCAGGCAGCAUGCGACAACCAGGUUGUCCUGGUGAUGCCGGACACAUCGCCGCGGGGCGAUGGCGUGCCAGAUGAGGACCCGAAAACCUACGAUUUUGGCUUGGGAGCUGGGUUCUACUUGAACGCCACGACGGACAAGUACAAGACCCAUUACAACAUGUACGAUUUUGUUGUCCAGGAGCUUCCUGAAUUUGUGGAGGCCAACUUUCCCGUGACCUCCAAGCGGGCAAUCAGCGGCCACUCCAUGGGCGGCCAUGGCGCACUGACGAUCGGACUGAAGAAUCCUGACAGGUACACGUCUGUGUCCGCCUUCGCGCCGAUCUGCAACCCAAUGAAAGUGCCCUGGGGCCAGAAAGCCUUCAAGUUUUACUUGGGCGAAGAUGAAGAGAGCUGGAAGCAAUACGAUGCCACGGAGUUGGUCACGCAGUACAAAGGCAAGGACCUGCACAUCCUCUGUGACUGUGGGACGGCAGACAGCUUUCUCGUGGGCGAUGUGAACCAGCUGCAGCCGCUGGCCUUCAUGGCGGCUGCUCAGCAAUCAAAGGUGCCCGUCACCUUCAGGAUGCAGGCUGGUUAUGACCACUCAUACUACUUCAUGUCCACGUUCAUUCGCGAACACUUGGAGCACCACGCACGAUUUCUGCAUGCUGGCGGCUACGCUUCAUGA